GCCCGGCCCUCCCCACCUAGUGUCAUCAUCCCCCUCCUCCCUCCUCCCUCUUCUGAUCGCACCUUCUCCCCCUCCUCCGUGCAUGCGCUCUUGCUUCAUAUCCACAUCGACUUCCUCAUCCCUUCCCUCCCUUUCUAAAAUCGAAUCCUCGCAAGGCCUUACUUUCCAUUCUUCGAAGGUGCGCUUCUCCGUCGACGUCUUCCUUCACCUUCAACCGGCUACUCCGCCUCCCCAGUACCGCUACCACAACCAAAUCCUCUAAACAUACGGCAACACAAAACCCCGCUCUUCCUUCUCCCGUGGCCUUUCCCGGCCUCUCAACUCCAGUUUCGAGACAAACCAUGAAGGCUUGGGGGUUUGGCAACUUGCUUCCGUCCUUUGCCGUUCCUCUCGGACUCCAGAAGCGCAUUCUCAGCUUUGUGCUUCAACGAGCCAUCGGUAACUUUUUGGAGGAUGACCUGGAUUUAGAAAAGCUCGAUAUCGAGCUCUCGAACGGUGUCGUUCACUUGACGGACCUCAAGCUCAAUGCCAGGGCGCUCAAUGACCUCGCGGCUGGAACUCCGCUCGCUGUUACACAGGGACGCAUUGGAUCCAUUACAGCGACUAUCCCGUGGAGGAACCUCUGGAACGGGCAGUGCAUUAUAGAGAUCGAUGGCGCUGACGUGACCCUGGCGCCCGUGCGGUCGACAUUUCAGUCAGCUUCAUUGCACGAUCUCGAGGACCAGAUCCUGUCCGCCUCUGUAGGACUUGCCAGCGACUUUAUUCAUCAGCACAAGGCGGAUGCCAAGGAGGAGGCGGCACUCCAGGAGUCGUUACUUCAGACAUUUCAAAGUCAAGCACCUUCAGGAAUGCCAGGAGAUUUCAACUCACGGCCGUCCUCUUCACAAAUCCCGUCCCCACCACUGUCUGUACCUAUCGAGGAGCCCGAGGAGAGAAUGUCAGAAGGUCAGGGCGUGCAGUUCGUGGCCAGGGUGAUUGAGAAGUUAUUGGCCAGGAUUCAAAUUAUUUGCAAAGGAACGGUUAUCCGUCUGCGCCAUAGUUCGUCGCUCCCUUUGGUCAAGACACAACCCAUCGGUACCUCCAAUGAGAAACUGAAUUACGAAUUGGAAAUCCGUUUGCCAUAUAUUGCAUAUCGUGACGAAACUCCAGGCUGGGAUCAACCCACCGGCAGCAUGGACGCAUCAAGUAUGAGGUCUUCUUCCUUGAGACAGGAUCCGGAUUCUGCAUCUUCUUCGACCGUGCUUGGUGAAUCCGGGGCUCCUAGCGUCAUUUGGCUGGAUUCUCCAGAGUCAAUCAAGACAGUUGUCUUUAGGGGAUUCUCAAUUUGGGUCAGACAACAGGGGGAAGCAGAAGAAAUGGUGGUGCAGGUUGACCCAAUGGCGAAGGAUGGAUCUAGUAUCAAUACGGGCGCGCAUUCUGAUGGCCAGGAAGACUCAGACUCGGAUUCGGAUGUCUUCACAGACGCUCAGGAGAACAUUUCGCAGUCGAUAGUGGAUUCACAAAUGGCGCCCCUCAAACAAACACCACUUUUGACGCCUUCGCAGUCGACACAAGCUACUAGCGCUCAGGCGACGUCGGACCUAUAUGCAGCCGAGAUUUUAUCGACAUUGCAGCACAAAAGCCGAAUUAAGGUCAGCAUACGGAAGAACACAAAGAUGAUUUCAGGAUCCACACCAAAUCAAGCGGAUAUGCCCAUCAAGUCGCUCAUGGAUAUCGACUUUCAUUUGCGCUCCAUAUUCAUUGCUCUUUCACCAAACCAAGUCGCCUUCAUUCUCGAAAUCCUUGCCUUGAUGGACAGUGCCUCACCCACGGACACUCAGAGCGCUCAGAAUCAGACGCGGGCAGAUACAGAGCCUGGUAUGGAGCGGGGCGCAGCAGAUGCUGGGCCACAAGCAUCGAAGUAUAUGGGCCGCAGCGCCAUAAGGGAAGACGCAUUUGCAGAACGAGCUUCUCCCAUUCAUACCCAGUCGCCCCAAUCACCUAAGCGUCUACAGACCACCGAUCCGCUGAAGGGGACACAGGCUAGGAGUUCUGGGAGUCGGCCACUCGACAACGGCAGACCGGGAGAUUCAUGGAGCACUAGAGCGACUGCGACGAUACCGACACUUGCUUCAACUCCAACCGUAUAUAUGGAUUCAUCUCGAUUUUUGCGCGGAUCGAUUUAUGUGGACAGCCAGCCAAGUGCUUCUCCUCCAUCUUCCAGUAUAUCCAAUGUACCACCGUCGCUUACCGUAAAACUCAAGGCACGGAUCAACACAUUUCAAGUGUUUGUUCUGUAUCAGGAUCCAGCAUCGCAACGGCAUAUUCCUACAGAGGCCAACUUCUUUAAAAACCCGGUUCCAGAGGCCCUAAGAGCUGAUCAUUUGAAGCUGGAGCUGGAUAGCAUGGUUCUUCGAUAUCAGCAAUGGACGGGACUCGACACAAAUACGGGCGGACAAAAAACUGCAAAGGAGGCGAAGAGCCAAGUUGAUUUUGCGCUCAACAAUUUCUCAAUCGCUGAGUGGAUCGAGUCCGCCCCCAAGCGAUAUGACACGGCAAGCUGGAAUCUGACGUCUGAUCGGUACCGACUUCCAUCUCGAAGACACUAUGUACCCAUCGUUGAGUUUGAAAUGGAUCAGGAUUCAAUUGUACAAACCUCUCCGACCUCGAAAUUUCCGGUGCUGCAUAUGCCUGAUCGCUACUUGAGUGAGCGCAGUCUCUUGUUGCGGUCCAAGAAGAGCAUGCGGAAACCGGACAGCAAUAAAUCAGCAUCCUCCUCGAGUGCAGAUCCCAAUUCGACCAUUAAAGAGUCUUCGAGUGGGAUAGCCAAAGAGGUUGUCAAAAUGAGGGUUCUUUUGGGCAACCACAAGAGGGAUGGCUCAAAGUCAAGUACGCCCUCCCCUGACGCCACCACUACAGCACCAAGUGGCUACGCGCGGGAUGUUACGAUCGAGGUCAAGCCAAUGCAGGUCCAUGUGGAUUUUACUACUUUCCAGAGACUUGAAAAUUUUCUGCUGGCCAUUAUGGGUUCCAAAGAAACGACGGCUGGCGCAUUAAAUGAUCAGUCCAGGGAAUCGCAGCCUCGGCCACUGCGCCAGACUGACCAACAGAUCUUGGACGAUUUGGAAGGACCGCAGAGGGCUGCCAAGGUCAAGGCGAGGCUUCGACUACGCCUGAACUCAGUACAACUUUGGAUUUCAGUGCCAGACAUGGCACUGUUAUUGGCCGGACAGGAGGAUACAGGGCCUGAAUAUAGGUCUAUAUACGAUGUCGUUGCAGUAAAUAUUUCAAAGAUGGUUGUCACUCAGACCGCCGAAGAGACGAAAGCAGGCACACAGGGCCACCAUCGAACAGACUCUGAACUAGGCAGAUCCAGCAAAACUUCCGCCUCGAAGAUGAAAGUAGAGUUUGCCAGCAUAUCGGCGUUUAUCGUGCCCGCACAUGAAACGACAUCAAAGGCGUUUCUGUUUAUUGGAUCGCUGUCAAAUCAUCCUGCAUCACAGUCCAGCUUUACCUCCACCCUACCAACGCUCGAAAUCGUGACGCGCUCACCAAGUUCGCUUCCGAUCAGCUAUGAGCGAUCAUCUCCGUCUGGGUUUCCUCGUACCCCUGCUUUGGAAGCGUUCGAAAUCCUGGAGAACGAGGAGUAUACUCAUAGCUAUGUAGAUGAAAAGGAGGAGCUGAUUCAUUUCAAGCAAAGGACUAUCGAGACCUCGCUCGUAUCUGUCGACACUCACGUUCCUCUGGUGGCCGUUCAUCUGGAAAAGCGAGUGUUCGAUAUCCUCAUGCUCCGCAUCAAUGAUCUCAGUACUUGGCUGACAAUAUUCUCCGAGCGACUCGCCGCACAGAUACCUGCGACUCCAGAGAUUGCAGUGAAACCAUCCAGCUUUCAAAAUAGCUUUUCGCAAGCACCGACUGAGUUCAUGGAUCCUAAGGAAGCCCCUCGCAAUAGCCUUGAUGAGGAUUAUCAAGACGACCAAAGCGAGCUUGGGACAGACCAGUCUACAGCCUAUGGGGAGGAACUUCGCCACCAGGCUGAAGGAAGACCCUCUGCUCCAAGAGCUCGAGUCUCCAGCGACAACCAUUCUCAGCAAAAGGUCGCCAAACCAACUAUGGCAUCUGUUCUUUUGUUCGCUCAGACUGUUGAGGUCACAUUAGACUAUCCCACAGCGCCAACGGUAUUGGACCCAGUUCCGACCAUAAAAUCGUAUCAAAUUACUGUUCGGGACGCAAGAGUAUUUGCAGCAGCAAAAUAUCAGGGAGGAAUAGACACCUAUGCGAUUGUGGACGCCGAUGAUCUGGAUUUCUGGGAAAUCACAGCUCAGAAGCCCAAAACACUCCUAUUGUCAAGAACUUUCUCAAAGCCCAUGUUCAAGCCAUCGCGGCCAAUGGUCCAUAUGACCAGCUUGCUUUCGUUUGAUCCUGCAAUCAAGUACAAGGAGAACAAAACCAACCUCUCAUUUGCGGGGAUUUCUUGGAAGUUCUCGAUCGAUCAAACUGCAGUGGACGACGUCCAGGACUUUUUUGCAGAACCUGCCGGAAUCGUUUACUACAACCCCCCGCGUCAGUGCACCCGCAUUGGCGUCAGCCUUUUGGAGUGCUGUAUGGACUACAAGCCCCUCCAUAUACCUCCUCGUUUCGUCUUGUCCUUUGAGAAGAUGAAGGUAUUCUCAACGUUGAUACCAGAAUCGCCGACUCUCAAGUCCAAGGUCCAGAUUUACAACAUGAGCCUGUUCUUGAUUGACAAUCCUCAAAGCGUCCUAACUCCCCCAGAUGUCGCCCAUGUUGCGGCAGUAAUCGACUCGCGGCAGUAUUGGAGAUUGCUUGGCUUUGCCAUAAUCGGACAAUGCCCGUUUUUCGAGCUGAGGUCCGUCAAGAGCAAGACUGGCCAGUUGCCACUGUACGACCUCAUGAUCACAAACCAAAUAUUUUACCUCGAAACUUGCUCGGAUUCGUUCCAGACGCUGAUGCAGCUUGCAACGUACCUCGGCGAUAAUGGCGAUAUGCCAAUCGAAAAGAAAAAGAUUUUGGAGCGACUCGCAGAAGCUGAGCGGGCAGCCAAUAGAGCGAAAUCCAACAUCAUUUACCAGGACGUUCUUGCAAGUUUGGAUGAAGACGCGUUUCGGAAACCAAGUCUCAGUCGGGAAGCAGACAAUACGGGAACAUUGGAGUUCGUAGAGGGCUUUUACUCUGUUGAUCGUGAGGAUUCUGAGAGCGACCACUUCAAAGCACAGAUGCAUGAUACACCAAAUGUGGAUGGUUUCCAUGAGGUUUAUGCAGACCUGCUCAGCGGCCCCCAGUCUGCGAUAAAGGAGAAUUCUGUGGAUAUUGGCAGACGCACUGGUGGCAAACAUGGGUCGUCUACAAAGGGAAAGGGAUCCAAGUCAAAAGCGAAGGGCGAACCACUGCCGCCGUCUACGGAAGCUGAUGAGGAGCUGGAUAGUUAUAUGGAUGCGCUUGGCAUUGCAGCUCAAACUAAGACUAAUGCUCGGUCGUCAUUUGAGGGUGCCAGUCGAGGUGAAUCCAGCCGUUCGAGAGACCACUCGAGAACAGAAAGUCAGCCGGAAGAUAUCAUCCGAGUUCUUGAUUCUGGGGCUAAGCUUGCUGUGAUCGAAAAUUAUUUUUCGAUCCCAGUUUUGACGGAAGAAGAACGAGCCAAGGACGAGGGAUCUAUGGCCAAAUUGCGCCUCCGAGUUCGAGACUUUAACUUCUCAUGGCGACUCUACGAUGGCCUUGACUGGGAGAUCUCGAGACUCGAUGAAGCCGAGCGCAAGAGACAUGCCCGGCAGCUUGUUAAUCGACUAUAUGAUCCGGACGACGUCAUUCACGCGACCAUGGACAUUCCGCAGUCCAAUCUGGAGGCUAGCAUCUUUGAGAAACUCGCUGGAGUGCAGCACAGUCCGAUAGAUCGCCUUGGUGUACAUCACCGCAAGGAUUCCUCGCCCUCGUCUUCCGAGGCUGAUUCAACUAACGAGUACCAAACCGAUACGAUGAGCCAAGAUGGCAAUAGUGGAAAUCGUCCAUUCACCGCCACAGGCACUGGCAGUAGAAGAAUCGCACAGUAUCAUCUACGCCAACCACACUCGUUCAGCCAUCAAGACUCAAACAAGCGCAAGAAAAAGCUGGAGCGCUCCAAGACUGCGAUGAUUGAAUUUAACGCGGACAAGGUGCGGCUCGAGUUUGAGGAUUAUCUCGGCGGAAUCGAGACCGCCUCCCAUCUCUCGCUGCGUGUGAAGCAGUUCGAGAUCAUUGACAACCUGAAGAGCUCCCUCUGGCAUAAGUUCUUGUCUCGCCAGCGACAGGACUCUCAUACGGCAACGCCACAUCAGACACAGUCCAAUAUGAUCCGCAUUGACCUGGAUGGAGUACGGCCCGUCGUGAGUGCCUCGACUGUAGAGCAUCGACUUAAAGUCAGGAUCUUGCCAUUACGGCUGUACGUUGAUCAAGAUGCCCUCAUUUUUUUGAUCAAAUUCUUUGUCCAGAGCAGCUCAGCAGGCGCUGUUGCUUCUGCAGACGAUUCGCAGCCCGAGGGUAUGGCAGUUGCCCCUGAUACUACUGAAAAGAAGAAACCGAACGAGAUGUACUUCCAAUCGGUCAAGAUGGGUGAGAUUUCGGUCAAGGUGGAUUAUAAACCCAAGCACGUCGACUAUACUGGUCUAACUGGCGGUAAUUUCGUCGAGUUGAUGAACUUUUUCCAUCUGGAUGCAGCCGAGAUGACGCUGCAGGAGGUGCAGCUUAACGGUAUCAACGGUUUUGUAAAGCUGGGCCAGGAUCUCAUCACAGCUUGGUUGCCCUAUAUCCGAUCCACUCAAGUUCCACACAUGGUCUCGGGCCUGACUCCUAUCCGCUCAUUGGUCAACUUGGGCUCAGGAAUUGCAGACCUGGUGUUAUUGCCUAUUGAGCAGUAUAAGCGGGACGGACACCUCAUCCGAGGAUUGCAGAAGGGUGGUCAAGCAUUUACGCGAGCGACGACAUUGGAGGCGCUCAAGCUUGGAACUAAACUGGCGGUUGGCACACAGGUCCUAUUGGAGCACGCAGAUGAAAUCUUUGGAUCCAGUGCUGGUGGAUCAAGCUCUGGAAGUGCAGCAGGCAGAGAUCACACAGGCGAAGGCGAUGACGGAUCAGAUAUCCAUAGUGGAAAGAGAGUUGUUGCUACGAUGGUUUCGGGCUCGGAAGCAUACAUGCAAGAGUCGAUUGACGAUGAGGAGCAACUGCUGCAGCAUCUCCAGUAUCAGCAGCAACAGCAACAUAUGUCCGACUCAGGUACUACUUCUAGCUCACCAUUAACCUCCACUGGCGGGUCAUCGACUGUGACCAAGGCAAACAGGGUCAGCAAGUAUGCCAACCAGCCAGCAGAUAUCAACGAGGGUAUGGAACUUGCGUACAAGAGUUUAAGCAAAAACAUUGGCACGGCUGCACAUACGAUCUUUGCGGUCCCGAUGGAGGUUUACGAGCGGACGGGAACCCAAGGGUCUGUCCGGGCAGUGAUCCGUGCAGUGCCUGUUGCGGUACUGAAACCGAUGAUUGGCGCGACGGAAGCGUUCUCAAAGGUGUUGAUCGGGCUUCGUAAUAGUAUCGACCCUGCGCAACGGCUGCAGAUGGAAGACAAGUACAAGAAGCAAUGAGCGGUCCGGACCAAGAAAGAACUAAGUCCUUUCGAGCAGGAUAAGUGGGGUGCACAUCAUAGUACCACAUAGUGCGAUAGCAUGAAGUCGAUAUACUUAACACAAUAAACCGAGAAUCUGUAC